AUGACCGUCACAUAUUCCAGUAAAGUCGCCAACGCCACCUUCUUCAGUUUCCACCGGCUGCUGCUGCGCUGGAGAGGAAGCAUCUACAAGCUGCUGUACCGAGAGUUCAUCGUGUUCGUGGUGCUCUACACGCUGCUGAGCCUCGUCUACAGACUCGUCCUCUACGACAAGCAGAAGAGGUUGUUUGAGAAACUCUCGAUAUACUGCGAUAAAUACGCCGAGCAGAUCCCCGUCACCUUCGUUCUGGGUUUUUAUGUGACUCUGGUGGUGAAUCGAUGGUGGAAUCAGUUUGUCAACCUGCCGUGGCCGGACCGACUCAUGUUCCUCAUCUCCAGUUGUGUUCAGGGUAAAGAUGAAUAUGGCCGCCUGCUGCGCCGGACCCUCGUACGUUACGUUAACCUGACGUCGCUGCUCAUCUUCCGCUCCGUCAGCACCGCCGUCUGCAAACGCUUCCCCACCAUGGACCACGUGGUCGAGGCAGGUUUUAUGACUCCAGAGGAGAGGAAAGUGUUUGAGAACAUUCGUUCUCCUCACCUGAAGUACUGGAUUCCCGUCGUCUGGUUCUCCAACUUGGCGUCUAAAGCUCGACAGGAAGGACGCAUCCAGGACAGCAUCGACCUGCAGAACAUUCUCAACGAGAUGAAUCAUUUCAGGACUUGGUGUUCGACUCUUUUCGGAUACGACUGGGUCGGCGUCCCGCUGGUUUACACUCAGGUCGUCACUCUCGCCGUCUACACCUUUUUCUUCGCUUGUCUGAUUGGUCGUCAGUUUCUCGACCCCACCCAGGGUUACCAAGGACACGACCUCGACCUCUACGUCCCCGUCUUCACGCUGCUGCAGUUCUUCUUCUACUCCGGCUGGCUCAAGGUAGCGGAGCAGCUGAUCAACCCGUUCGGAGAAGACGAUGACGACUUUGAAGCGAACUGGAUCAUCGACAGGAACCUUCAGGUGUCUCUGCUGGCUGUAGACGAGAUGCACAUGAACCUGCCUCACAUGACCAAAGACAUGUACUGGAACGACUGCGAGGCGCGGCCGCCGUACACGCUGGCUGCCGCCGACUACUGCAUCCCGUCAUUCCUCGGCUCCACCACCGACAUGGGACUCUCUGACAUCCUGCAGAUUGACGAAACUGAGGUCAGCGACAGUCGUCCUCGGAGACAGGAGUCUGUUUUAGCUCGGCGCCAAGAGUCGGUUCUGGGUCGAGUCCGCCGGCUCCUGAGCGUUCAGGACCCUCCUGAACUCCAACCUCCUCGACCCGUCUUCAAACGACACAGCAGUGACGCAACAGGAAGCUUCUUCCCAGACUUCAGGGUCAGUCCACGUCCAGAGGACAUGGCUCAACCCUCACCUGCCAUGGACACCCUUUCCACCUUAAGGGAGGUCAGCAGCAACCCUCCAUCUCCUGAAAGUCCGCCCUCGACUGUUUUCCCCCGGUUUGUUGUCAGUCCGCCGUUGUCCGCUGACGUCCGUCACAGCAUGGAUUCUUCUGGCAACGGUGAAGCGGCAAAACCUCAGAAUGGUCUGGAUCCUUCCCCCUCUGAGGAGACACCGGGCCUGGAUACCUGGAGGACCGGCUCCACGGUUUGUUGUUCCCCGACCCAGCUGGGACCGAAGGAAUUCCGUUGGACAUAUCACCCUCCAACCCGGCCACGGGGUCGCCAGUUCUCCCUCCAGUUCUCCAGGCAGUCAUCGAAAGCGUCGGUCCGAAGCCUGCCGAGCCCCAAGGCUCUGGGACGGCGGAGAAGAGGCCUGGCUCGAUUCCAAUCCCGACGAUCACCCGGUCCUCCUAACAACACACUGCAGCUGCCAGACCCCGAGUACGACCACGACUUCCAGGGAGUGGCAGGGACUGAGGACGACGAGAAGGAAGGAACCAACAACAGUGAAGCGAUCAAACACCAAGACUCCCAAUCGCAGAGCUCGGAGAACAAAUGA